CAUAUCUACAUUGUGCAACAAUGACGUCAGAGGGAAAAUCCGAUAUGGAUCGAAUUGGUCUAUUCCGUGAGAUGGGCUACAUCAGUAUUGGGGACAAAUAUAUCACUCCCGGCUCUAAGCCAUUUAAUGAAGCAGCAAGUAAAAACAGGCAAAUGUUUCCUGGUGGCUCCAAGACGAUGGCUAAUACCUUAGGAGGAUACUUUGAUGCUCAGUUCAAACGGACAUUUGAAGGUGAAGCCUAUUCAGAUCCACUGAAACAAAGAAGGCAGUAUCGUAUUCAGCAGGCCAAGAAGAACUUGGGAAAAUCAUUCCUCCCAUCGAAUGGGGAAAAAAAGCCAUCCGGCGUGGGUAGCUUUUAUGGAACAUUAAGUGGUCCAGUUCAAGCUUUUAGUGCAGAAUUAAAACCCAGGAAGGCAUAUACUGCGCCAGGGAAGAACAUCUAUACCAACCCUUCCAAGCACGGCACAGGAUAUGGAUAUGCAAACCUCACCAUAGGUAAACCGUUCCUGUAUGCUUCUGAUGAAUUUGACAGAUCAAGAGACCUGAUGAAGAGAGAGUUCGAGAGCCACAAAUCAAAGCUAAAAGAUGGUGCGUUCAGGUUAAACCUUUACCCAAAUGAUUAUUUCGAUGUAAAUCCUUAUCGGUCUGAUAAACCUCUGCCACCACUGAAGAAAAAGACAGAGAAAAAGGAAGUUGUGAAAGUAUUUAAGCCAAGUUCACCUGCUAAAGAACCAGGUGGCAUGAAAGCAGGAACUUUUGAUCCUUACCCAACUCAUUCCAAUGAUACUUAUGGGAAAAGACUUCCCAAAAGUGCAACCGUGGUCAGAGGGGGAAAGACAUUCCAGCCUCCAGCAGGACCCAAAUCUUUCCCCGUGAAAAGUAUAGUAGCAUCACAUGUUGACAGGUCAAUAAAUACAAUGAAUUACAAGACUGUGAAUCUAACAUCAUACUAAAAGCUGACAAGCUGGAACAGUGGAAUUGAAAGCCAAUAUUCACUUGAGAAUACCAAGACAAUCAUAAUAGUCUCUUGUACAGUUUUUAUUUUUCUAA